AUAUCUGGCCAACACCCUGCGCGAUCCCAGCCGGCUGCCUCCUCCCCCUCCCCUCCUUCCUGCCACUUCGCCCCCUCGCGUCGCCCCCCUGGCGCCACCCGGUCGCUUUCUCCUCCCCUCUCCCUCCCGCUCGUGUGAUCCCACUGCAUUUCCCCUCCCCCCCCUGAGAGCUGCAUCCUCUCGGCCCCGAUCUGCGCUCGCGCCCGCGCCACCAUGAACGACCCGUCUGCGUUCUCCGACUGGUCUGAGCGGUCGCUCUUCUCUGCCCUCGGCUCGGGAGCGCGCUUCGACCGCUCCGCCAAGAAGGCCUUCGCCGGUGCGCGCGAUGCCUCGGCCGCCAACCAGCUGAGCACCUCAUCCAAGCAAACCCGUGAGAAGAUCGCCUCGCAGCUGGACUUCUUCGGGACAGGGACCUCCCUCCUGCAGGGCACCACUGCCAAGGAUAAGGAUGCCGCCGCCGCCGAGGACGACGGCCCCGACACCGACACCGAUGCCGAUGAGCCGGAGGACACCGGCUCCGGCGCCGAGAGCGAUGCCGAGGAUGACGGUGAGGACGCGCCUGCCCAGCUGUCGCGCAAGGAUCGCAAGCGUGCGCAGGUUCGCGUCAGCGACCCGGAGGCCCCGAAGCCGGUGACGUCCUUCCAAGAGUUCGCCACCCGCUACGGCAUCGCCUCCUACCUGGCCAACAAUCUGGAGAAGUACCACUACUCCAACCCGACCCCGAUCCAGCAGCACGCGCUGCCCAUCAUUUCCGAGGGCCGCGAGGUCCUGGCCAUCGCGCCGACCGGCUCCGGUAAGACGCUGGCCUACCUGCUGCCGAUCCUCCAUCUCUUGAAGGGUCCCUCCGGCGAGGGGCAUCGCGCCCUCUUCAUUGUCCCCACCCGGGAACUGGCUCAGCAGAUUUACCGCGAGUUCAAACGCCUCAGCGAGGGUCGCAAUUUCCGCGUGUGUGUCCUGACCAAGGCCUCGGCUGCCGGGUCCAAGGAGCAGCAAGUCCUCAGCAAGCGCUUUGACAUUCUCAUCACCACCCCGAUGCGCCUGGUCCACCUCAUACAGCAGAAGGCCGUCGACCUGACCAAGCUCGAGCACCUGGUGCUUGAUGAGGGUGAUCGCCUGCUGGAGCUUGGCUUCUUGGAGCAGGUCGAUGAGAUUCUGGCCGCGUGCGGCACCGCCGCCGGGGCUGGCCCGGCUGCUGACACCGGUCGGCGGCCCCUAUCCAAGUACCUCUUCUCGGCCACCCUCUCGGUGCAGAUCGAAUCCAUGGCCCGGUCGUUCAUGCGCGACCCGGUGCGCAUUGUGGUCGGUGUGCGUAACACCGUGUCUCUGACGGUCGAGCAGUCGCUCAUGUACGUCGGCAGCGAGGAGGGCAAGCUGCUGGCCAUCCGGCAGAUCAUUCAAAAGGGCGUGCGCCCGCCGGUCCUCAUCUUCGUCCAGUCGAGGGAGCGCGCCAAGCAGCUCUUCCACGAGCUGGUGUACGACGGCAUCAAUGUGGAUGUCAUUCAUUCGGAGCGUACGCAGCAGCAGCGCGACCAGAUCGUCGACAAAUUCCGCACCGGGCAGAUCUGGUUCCUGAUUGCCACCGAGCUCAUGGGUCGUGGUAUGGAUUUCAAGGGUGUCAACUUGGUGAUCAACUAUGACUUCCCCCAGACCACCGUUUCAUAUAUCCACCGGGUGGGUCGUGCUGGCCGUGCUGGCCGGCCAGGCCAGGCUAUCACCCUCUUCACCAACGAUGACAAGCCCAUGCUGCGGUCCAUUGCCACGGUCAUGAAGGAGUCCGGCUCCAAGGUGGAGGACUGGAUGCUCACCCUGCCGCGUGUGUCCCACGGGCACAAGUCCAAGGUGGCCGCGCGGCCGAUCUCCCGCUCGGACAUCACCUCCUCCCAUGAGACCAAGUUCGAGCGCCGCAUCAAGAGCCGCAAGAGGCAAAUCAUCGAGCAGUCCAAGCAAAAGAAGGACCGGGCAGCCAAGCGCGCCAAGAAGGAUGCCAAGAGUGGUGGGUCAUCCGCGGAGACCGAUGCGUCGGCAGAUUCUUGAGGGCGAUGCCGCCCGCGCGCCCGCACGCAUGCAUGUUCGCUUGUCUGCGUGCGUGCAUGUGUGUGUGUG